AUUGAGAAUCCGCAUAUUCUAUCGUCACAAGAUGGAGCCUAUUGCCAUCAUUGGAACAUCUUUCAAGCUACCACAGAGUAUUGACGAUGAUCUAGCACUCUGGGACUUGUUGGAGAAUGCUCGAAAUGUUAUGACGCCAUGGCCAGAAUCCCGGCUCAAUCUUGAUGCUUUCUAUAACCCUGAUCAGAGCAAACCUAAUUCAGUAGGCAAUUAUAUCACCUUUCGAGUGAAGCUGGGGCUUUAUGCACGUGGUGGUCACUUCAUGUCAGAGGACCUUGCUGCAUUUGAUGCACCUUUCUUCUCUAUAACAGCCAAAGAGGCUGCGGCUAUGGAUGUGCAACAAAGAUGGCUACUUGAGACAUCAUACAGAGCCAUGGAAAACGCUGGUAUACCAGCUGAAAAGAUCGCGGGGACUCAAACCGGGGUGUUUGCAGCGUCAGUCGCUGAUGAUUACUUCAGGAUGAUUGUGAAAGAUCCCGAGGAUGCACCAGUCACAUCUGCCACCGGCAUGAAUCCUUCAGUUCUUGCCAACAGACUGAGCUGGUAUUAUGACCUGAAAGGGCCAAGCAUUCAGAUGAACACGGCCUGUUCUACCAGUCUUAUUACUCUAGAUGUCGCCUGCCAAUCUCUCCGAAGUGGUCAAAGCUCAAUGGCUCUGGUGACGGGAUCUAAUGUUCUGCUAAAUGUAGAGUGUUCAUUGCAUUUAUCCAGCAUGAAUUUCCUUUCACCCGACAGUGUUUGCUACAGCUUUGAUCACAGGGCAAAUGGGUAUGGAAGAGGGGAAGGCUUUGUCGUAAUGCUGCUAAAAAGACUCUCUGAUGCUGUCAGAGAUGGUGACACGAUCCGCGCGGUAAUUCGGGGAACAGGGCAAAACCAGGAUGGUCAUACUCCGAGCCUCAGCCAGCCCAGUGGGCUCGCUCAAGAAUCGUUAAUCAAAAGGGUAUACGAGGAUUGCAACCUUGACUUCGGAUUGACACACUAUGUGGAGGCUCAUGGUACUGGCACUCAAAUCGGUGACCAGACGGAACUUACAGCUCUUGGAAAAGUGUUUCGAGCCAGCCAUUCGUCGAAAAAGCCACUCUACGUGGGCUCCAUCAAAUCUAAUAUUGGCCAUCUUGAAGGUGGUAGCGGCCUUGCCGGUAUUUUGAAGUGUAUAUCCAUCUUGGAAAAGGGGAUAAUCCCACCAAGUGCGAAUUUUGAGAAGUUGAAUCCACAAAUCAACGCCAGAAGACUACACGUAGAGAUUCCAACUGCCUGUAUCCAGUGGCCCGUGCCAGGUCUCCGUCGAGUAUCAGCCAAUUCAUUUGGCUUUGGUGGUUCAAACGGACAUGUCAUCUUGGAUGACGCUUACCACACACUCGAGAUUUUGUCUCUCGCAGGUAUUCACAAUACUUUACUCCCCGUUGUCGAUGCAUCCAAUAGAUCACUUACUACCAAUGGAAAACAUCACCUCGACGGUGAUACGGCAUUUUGGACUCCUACCGGGGAUGUGAGGGCUGAGACACUCGAGGAAGACCUCGUUUCUCAUAGCGAUAGAAGACCUAACGAUAUUCGCCCCGAUGCUUGCAAUGGCACUGCUCCAAAGCCAUCUGAAGAUGUAGCAACGCCGAAACUUCUUGUUUGGUCUACUAAAGACGAAGCUUCUCUCAAAAGAAUGGUUCAGAACUACGAGAAUCACUACAUCAAAUCGAUUGCCAAUAAGCAUUCCAAACUCAACAGUCUUGCUUACACCCUCGCUUCCCGUCGAAGCAUUAUGGCCUGGAAAACAUUCACGGUGGUUGAACCUGAUUCGUCAUCUCUCCCUGCUGUAGGCAAGCUCGUGCGCUCAUCACGAAGGCCGGGAUUGGCCCUCAUCUUCACUGGGCAAGGCGCCCAAUAUCAUGGCAUGGGCCUAGAACUGAUGCAGUAUACCAUCUUCCGGCAGUCUUUGAUGAGAUCAUGUGAAAUAUUUCGAAGUCUAGGUGCCGAUUGGCUUCUGUUGGAUGAGCUCAAAAAUCCCAAUACUAUCAACAGUCCCCAAUUCAGUCAGCCUUUGUGCACAGCUUUGCAAUUGGCGCUGAUAGACCUACUAAGGAGCUUUGGUGUGGUUCCCUUGGCAGUUGUUGGGCAUUCAUCUGGUGAGAUUGCCGCGGCGUAUACUGCUGGUGCUCUUACUUUUGAAAAUGCUUGCAAAAUUGCCUAUCACAGGGGUAGACUGGCAGCUCUUCUGAUUGCGGCGGCAACUAAACCCGGUGCUAUGAUGUCGGUCAAUCUCCCGGAAGGUAACGUUUCUGGAUAUCUGAGGGGUCUUGAUAAAUGUCUUGAUAUCUCCAUCGCCUGUAUCAACAGCCCAGCAAAUGUUACGCUAUCUGGUGCCGAAAAAGAUAUCGACUUACUCAAAGAAAAGUUAGACAAGGAUGGAAUAUUUGUUAGAAAGGUCAAAACUGGUAUUGCCUACCAUUCCCCGGCCAUGCAAAAAAUUGCUGACGAGUACCUCGGCGCUCUGGGCAACCUUGGAGAGCCUCCAAAUCAACAGAGCGAAGUCUUGAUGGUCUCAUCCGUUACGGGCGCGAAAUUAACCCCGAAGAAGGCAUGCCAAGCUCAAUACUGGGUUGACAAUUUAGUCUCUCCUGUUCAAUUUGUCGAUGCACUGAGCUAUCUCGUGCUGGCUGCUCCCAGGACUGACGGGCUUAAAGAGAUCACUGACUUUCUUGAGGUCGGUCCUCACGGUGCGCUCCGAAGACCAUUGAAGGACACCAUCAGCCAAGUAAGUGGCAAGACAGGCUUCAACUAUGUUUCCUUGCUCUCAAGAUACGACAAACCUAUCAAGAACGUCCUGACUGCAUGCGGUGUCCUCUUCAGCUCCGGCCAUACGAUCAACGUCGCGGCGGUGAACCAGAAUGCGACAGAGAAAGAGCACCAGGAAUUUCUAAUCGACACACCUGAGUAUCCAUUUGACCACUCCCAGACAUACUGGCAUGAAAGCCGUUUGAACAGGGACUGGCGUCUCAGAGGGGCACCAGAAGCAACUCUUCUUGGAAAGCGUGCCUCAGAUUGGAACCAACUGCGACCACGCUGGCGCAACUUUCUUAGCAUCGAAGAUAUUCCAUGGGCCGCAGACCAUGUCAUUGAAGAAUCCAUAUUCUUUCCUGGCACUGGCACUAUUAUGAUGACGCUUGAAGCCGUCAAGCAGAUGGCGCAAGAGAAGAAGACUAUCUCUGGAUUCCUUAUCAAAGAGGCAACAUUCAUAAAUCCGGUUGUUCUCAAACCAGAGUCAAGAACGGAAGUUGAGACUCACCUUCGCCCUCUGCAACAGAGCUACGAGAAGUCCUCUUCCAGAUUCGAGUGCCAAGUCUUUGCUCGGUCUGGAGACAGUUGGAUCGAAUGCCUUCACACAGUCAUUCACGUUGAAUACAAGGAAGCUCCCGUGGAAGUUGACGACAAGUCUGCACGGGAAAUCCAGCGACAGCAUCUUUUGCAGGAAUUUGACCAAGCAAAAGAUGCUUGCAGCAAGGCAGUCCCUUCUGACAUGUUCUACAAGUGGCACUAUGACCAGGGUUUGAAAUAUGGCCCUGCAUUUUCUCUGGCGGAGGAGAUUUGCUGGGAUGGCGACCGGCUCGGCAUGGCUACAGUCAAUGUGGCAUCAUCUGUUGAGCCCUUUGACGGCAUCGUACAUCCAGCUGUCCUAGACGCUGUUUGUCAAGUCUGCUUCACUGCCCCAUCCAAAGGCAUGACAAAGGCUCUUCCCACGAUCAUCCCGCACAAAGUAGAGGAUGCUUGGAUUUCAGCCACAGGUUGGACUCAUACGCAGACAAGAAAAAUCCGAAUGCUCACAAGAUGGACUGUCAAUGAAACAACAAGAGGUAUCCAUAGUAGCUUUGUGGCCCUCUCAGAUGACAGCAUGCCAUUAUGGCGCAUGAGGCAUCUUGAAAUGCUCCCUGUUGGCAGAGGUGACAUUCAAUCAUGUAGUGAGCGAAAUCUUCUGCAUAGUCUGAGCUGGAAGCCACUGCUCUCGCUGCUCAGUCCGCAUCAGUUGAAUGACUAUUGCAACGCGAAUAUUAGACAUGAACACACUACCGAUAGCGGCCCAACCCGAGUACAAGAUGCCAUUGAAGCAUUUCUGAAACAAAAUAUGGAACAGCUCCAUUCCAUUGAAGCUACAAUUUCCCAACCUCACAUAACCAAAUACAUUCAGUGGUUGAGCAACCAUAUCAGCAACCAGGCAGAUCAAAAGAAGGAGGAUGUCAGCGCAACCGAUCCGAUUUUGGAACUGCAAAAACUUCAAGCCGAUAACUCAUUAUGGGUUCUAUUAUACACAGUGGCUACCAAUCUAAUAUCUCUAGUCAACGGAGAUAUUGAUGUGUCGGAGCACCUGUCACUAGCCCAAAGCUUCUACCGAGAGCUGGUCAGUCAAGCAUACGACCAGAGGAUGGUCAACUUUUUGCAGUUGGCGGCACAUCAAACUCCAAGUCAGAGAAUACUUCACAUUAAUUCUGGUGAAUGCGCUUUGCCAUCAAAAAUAAUCUCUACCCUCAAAGAGAUCGAAAGCAAGACUGGAGGGGUGGCAUUCUCGGAAUAUACCUUUACUGAUUGUUCGGCAAGCCCCAUCGAGGCUCAAGAAAGGUUCGGAAAAGAAGAUAAUCGUCUGACUUACAAGAUGCUGGAUCUUUCAAACAGUAUUGUAGCGCAAGGCUUUGAGGCCAAUGCAUACGACAUCGUCAUCGUGUCCGGGAUUCUAAAAGGCACCAAGAAUUAUACCUCUGCGGUCAGAAACAUUCGGGAGGUAUUGAAAUCGGGUGGUCAUGUAAUUUUUCAUGAUGUCUUCGAUCCCGAUAACAUACCGUUGUUCUUUUCUUUGGGAGUGAUGUCAGAUUGGUGGGAGGCAGAAGAGAAGUCUCGUUGUUCACGCCCCAAGAUGACGGCAACGGAGUGGAAUCUCCUUCUGCAAGCAGAAGGCUUCUCAGGCAACGACCUUGUGAUCGAGGAUUCCACUCUUAUGACAUGUUUCUUCAUAUCAACUGCUAUACCAGGGUUCACGCUUCCCACCGCCUCCUCGGGUUUGAUGUUGAUCAUAGAUGACGAGAAUGAAUUCCAGUCGCAGCUGGCUCCUCAAAUUGCCUCACUUGUUUCCACCACGUUGGAAAUUGCCACAGAUACUGUAUCUAUGACAAAUCUCAGCAAGGCCACCAUAUCAACUGCUGAUUACGUUGUCUUCCUUGCUGAUAUUGAUGCUUCUCUUCUGGCGGAACUACCUGGUUUCAGCUUCACCUCAAUUCAAAGUCUGAUCCAGAAUUCCAAGAAUUUAUUUUGGCCUACUACCUGCCUUUCGCAGUUAGAUCCAAAGGCUCCCUACAAUGGCCUCAAGGAUGGUUUCCUCCGGACAAUGCGUGCUGAGUUCAGCACUAAGCGAAUAGUGUCGGUAACCCUAGAGGGUUUCGAGAUGCAAAACCCGCCUCUUUGCGCCUUGCACAUUCUAAGGGUCUUCCAGCACGCGUUUGCAGACUCUUCAGCUGACCUGGAGUAUCUUGUUCAAGGCGGCCACAUCUUGACUGCACGCUUAGUACAGUUAGUUGAGACAAACCAUCAGUUGAACUCAUCUCUCCACCCAGCAGCAGAGGUAGAGCCGUGGCUGCCGGGUCCGCCACUGAAGCUCGAUAUUGGGACCCGUGGUGAUUUGGACACGCUUCAUUUUGUUGAGGACUUUGAGUUUUACAGGCCUUUAGGCCCAACGGAGGUCGAAAUAGAAGCGAAGACGUGGGGUGUAAGCUUCCGUGAUAUGUUCCUUGCCUUGGGCCGACUGGAUGACGAAGAGUUUGGUAUUGACAGCGCUGGAGUCGUCACAAAGGUUGGGCCUGAGUGUGUCAAAUUCAAACCGGGGGAUCGGGUUUAUAUGUGUAACCCAGGGAUCAUGAAGAUGUACCCUCGGGCGGAGGAAAGCGCCACAGUUCUGAUUCCUGAGACUGUAUCUUUCGAGGACGCUUGCUCGGCAUUGACCCCUCUUCUGACAGCGUGGUACUCACUAAUCCACAGAGGCGGUCUGGAAGAGGGUGAAAAGGUUCUCAUCCACGCUGCAUCUGGCGGGACUGGACAAUUAGCUGUUCAAGUAGCUCAGAUGGUUGGAGCGGAGGUAUUCGCGACUGUGGGCUUCGAGCACAAAAAACAGCUCCUCAUGGAUGUUUAUGGUAUUCCAGCAGAUAACAUAUUCUACAGUCGAAACACUAGCUUCGCCGAAGGUAUUAUGCGACUCACAAACAGCUACGGCGUGGAUGUCGUGCUGAACUGCAUUGCUGGUGAGGGCUUGCGUGCGUCUUGGGAGCUUGUUGCGCCCUAUGGGCGAUUUAUCGAGAUUGGGAAAGCUGAUAUUAAUGGAAAUUCUUCAUUGCCGAUGGCCUGCUUCUCUAGGAACGUUUCCUUCUUCGGCGUUGACCUCCGUCAUCUCAGCCUCUAUAAGAAAGGAACAGAGAGAAAGCUCCUCGCUAAAGGCAUGGAUCUGAUCCGGCAAGGCAAAGUCCAUGGCCCGAAGCCUCUCCGAAUGUAUGAGCUCCACGACACGGAAGAUGCCAUUCGAUCAUUUCAGAGUGGAAAGAACGCUGGUCGAGUACUCAUUAAUGUCGACCCUUCAUCUAAUGUUAACAAAUGUAUACUCCGGCAACGGGAUUGGAAGUUCAACGAAGACGCAACAUAUCUAAUCUCCGGAGGACUUGGUGGCCUCGGCCGCGCCAUUAUUCGUUGGAUGAUGUCAAAAGGCGCGAAGAGUUUUAUCGUUCCUUCUCGGUCGGGUCCUGUAUCCUCAGUUGCUUCUGCCUUCGUGAACGAGGUGACCGAAUCCGGAGUUACAAUAAUCACGCCGAAAUGUGAUGUCUCCUCUGCGGAGUCGCUCUCCCAAGUUCUUGAAGAGUGCAGCGGCAUGCCGCCCGUUCGCGGGUGUUUUAACGCCUCCAUGGUGCUGAAUGACUCUGUCUUCGACAACAUGACCCAUGAUCAAUGGAAUCGUACCCUUCGUUCCAAGGUCCAAACCUCGUGGAACCUCCACAUGAUUCUUCCCAAAGACUUGGACUUCUUCAUUCUUUUAUCUUCAAUUUCAGGGAUUAUCGGGAACAUAAGUCAGUCCAAUUAUGCGGCAGGAUGUACCUUCCAGGAUGCCCUUGCCAACUUCCGCAAGAGCCAGGGCCUGAGAGCACUCUCUAUUGACCUUGGAGCCAUGCGGACAGUUGGUGUGAUUGCCGAGACCAAAGUUCUACAGAAGAACUUUGAAGAGUCUCUCAGCUUUGCCAAGAUUGAAGAAGAAGAGCUUCUAGGCAUCCUUAACAUCUACUGUGAUCCCACGUCGACCCCUGAUAGUAGCCAAGUCACUGUGGGGAUCAACACUCCGGUGGAUGUACUCUCUCAGGGACGAGAGCCACCAGAAUCCAUGCUUCGUCCAUUAUAUGCAUACUACAGUCAGUUGCGUGGGUCAGUUCACUCCUCAGGGUCAUCUGAUGCGAAGAACUUCAGUGCGUUAUUCCGCCAGGCGAAAACUGUGGAAGGGCGUGCCUCCGUUGUGGUGGAGGCGCUAACGAAAAGGCUGGCACGGGCUUUGUCGAUGCAGCCGGAGGACAUCGAUCCAAAUCUCCCUGUGCAUGCAUACGGAGUCGAUUCGCUUGUGGCUGUGGAGCUACGCAACUGGCUUGGGAAGGAAUUCAUCUCGGACGUGCCAGUAUACGAGAUUUUGAGCGGCAAGACGAUCACGGCUAUUGGUCAGAUGGUAGAGGCACUCAGUAAGAUAUUGUUGGAAGAU